CCUCCUUUAUACGAAGAGCUUCUUCCUUUUUCUGUUUUGUGGCCUCCUUUUUACGAAGAGCUUCUUAGCUUAGAAAAAAAAAUUGAAUUCGUCAAAGCUAAAGAAUUGGAUCAAAAAAGGAGGCCCUCUAUGAUGACAAGUAAUUGGUCACGAAAGUGUUGUUCACACCUUACCUUCGGACAUUUCCAAUUUCACAUUGAAACAGAAGUUCCUAUAGCUAGAUGUAGUAAAUCCUCAUUAUGCUGA